AUGGAGCCCGGCUGCUUGCAGGCAGCGAUGGCCAUGGGAGAUGUCUCGAAAAAAGCGUCGGCUAGGAACGUGGCGGUGGAGAGAAAAAACCUCAUCACCGUCUGCAGGUUUUCAGUAAAGACGUUGCUGGAGAAAUACACAGCCGAGCCCAUCGAUGAUUCAUCAGAGGAGUUCAUCAAUUUCGCAGCCAUCGUUGAACACAUCCUCAGCCACCGUUUCAAAGGCUCAGGCAGCUGGUUUGAUGGUCAGAGGAGUUACUGGGACUACAUCCGCCUGGCCUGUGCUAAAGUCCCCAACAGCUGCAUCAGCAGCAUUGAGAGCAUGGAAAACAUCGGCACCUCACGAGCCAAGGGCCGAGCGUGGAUGAGAGUAGCCCUGAUGGAGAAGAGGCUGUCUGAAUACAUCGCUACUGCUCUGAGGGACAGUAGAACAACCAGGAGGUUCUAUGCAGAAGGAGCCAUCAUGUUAAGAGAAGAGGCCACCGUCCUUACAGGGAUGCUCAUAGGUCUUGGAGCCAUAGACUUUAGUUUCUGUCUGAAAGGGGAGUCCUUGGAUGGAAAAUCCUCUGCAGUGAUUGAUUACACACCAUACUUGAAAUUCACUCAGAGCUAUGAUUACAUGAGUGACGAUGACGAUCAACACAGUGUUGACAGCAGCACAAGUGAUGACAGCGUCCCUGAACACCCCUACAUCCCCCUGGUCACGGACGAGGAGAGCUGGAGCACAAAGUGUCGCAAGAUGGAGCAGAGGUUCAAGAUUGUCAAUGCUCAGAAGGGUUACCUGGAGGAGCUUGUGCGCCUGCGUGAGUCCCAGCUGAAGAACACAGAGACUGAGAACAAGAGGUUAAAGGCCCGGCUGGAGGAGCUCCAGAGCCAGAGCCAGCAGGAAAAGAAGGAACUGGAGGCCAUAGUCCUGGAGCUUCAGGAGCAACUGACAAGCUUGAUUCCAUGUGACUCCAAUCACCUGGCCAAAAACCUUUCAGUCCCCCUGGUUAACCAGUGGCCGACGCUCCAGCCAUACAACAGCCAAGAGGACGUCAAGCUGUUCCGCAGGAGGAGUUUCCCCAGCACAGAGCUGCUGUCGGUGGAGGUCAGCCUAGAUUCUGACUCCCAGAGGACUGAUGGGAAACAGAACGGAGGAGCUUGGUCUCCUCCAGAAAAGGACUACACCCCCUCCAUGAUGGGCCUGUGUGGGUCCUUGGCCUCCCUCCCAAGCUGUAAGUCUCUGGCUAGCCUCAAGUCCAGUGAGUGCCUGGUAAACAUCAGCACAGAGAACAGUCCUGCCCUCUCUCCCAGCUAGGGGGCACCAAAGAAACACUGCCAACCACUUAACAGACUGAGACAAUUCAACAUGAAAACAAAUGUGGACAAAUGCGCUCUCUUUCGUGGCCCUUAUGUGAGUCCCUUUACCUUUACGCUCUGAGCCCAGCACACUCUCAACUUACACCUUUUAAGCGUUUGUGAAAGAGUAGUCUCCCUGUCUGAGACUGUCCAGCAAAGAUGCAGGAAUAGCUGCUGUACUGCCCGACGGCCUCCUUCAGUUUCACUGUCUUUCAUUGUCUUGACAUGAUUAAGCCUCCUGGAAUGCAAACAACUGGUUCAAGUUUGACCUCUCUUACACCAUGACGCUUGAUUUUGUGCAAUUACAGUCAUGUAUCUGUACCGGUCACAUUCAUCAAAACACACUGUAGGAUUGUUCUGUAUGUACCUGUCCAUUUGUCGGUGUCUUAUCAGUCUGUCAGUGUAUCUUAUUCUGCCUGUUGUAUAAUACCGGCAGGAUGGAUAAACUGUUAUAAUCUUUUAGGAAACAGAGAGGAUGUUUUGCCAUAUUAUAUUACACUUUUAUAAAAGAGGAUGGAAAGAGAUAAAAAAAAAAGAGAGGCUUUUAAUGUGAUGAGUAAAAAAUGUGGCCAGAGGAUUUUAUGAUGGAGAUUAUUUAAAAAUUAACAGACACAGCUUUAUGAUAUUAGGAUGAAUGACA